UUUGUUUAUGUAAUUUACACCCCAGACCGCUAGGUGGCGGUAAAUACGGGUAAACAAGAGAAGCCUGGCAUCAUAAUACUGCAGCUGCCAUUAGCUCCAAGAUAGCGAAUAAGAUUUUCACGCCUGAUUUGGGACAUUUUAACAGGUACACUGGAAUUUUCUGACACCCACUCGGACAUGUCCUAUGUCUUCAUCAACGACUCGUCGCAGACUAACGUGCCUCUGCUGCAGUCCUGCAUCGACGGAGACCUGGCCUUUGCCAAAAGGCUCCUGGAGACGGGAUGCGAUCCCAACAUUCGGGACAAUCGGGGCCGCACCGGCCUCCACCUAGCAGCCGCACGAGGAAACGUGGACAUCUGUCGCCUCCUCCAUAAGUUUGGUGCCGAUUUGCUGGCGACGGACUACCAAGGCAACACGGCAUUGCAUCUGUGCGGGCAUGUAGAUACCAUACAGUUCCUGGUGUCAAAUGGGCUGAAAAUUGAUAUCUGUAACCACAAUGGCUCAACUCCCCUGGUGCUGGCAAAGAGGCGCGGCGUCAACAAGGACGCCAUUCGUCUGCUGGAGGGACUGGAGGAGCAGGAGGUGAAAGGCUUCAACCGAGGUGCCCACUCCAAGUUGGAGACCAUGCAGAUGGCCGACAGUGAGAGUGCCAUGGAGAGCCACUCGUUACUCAACCCAAACCUGCAGAGCAGCGAAGGUGUGCUGUCUAGCUUCCGCACUACCUGGCAGGAGUUUGUGGAGGACCUGGGCUUCUGGAGGGUACUCCUGCUGCUGGUGGUCAUUGCCCUCCUCUCCCUGGGCAUCGCCUACUACGUCAGUGGAGUGCUGCCUUUCUCCACCAGCCAGCUGGAGCUGGUGCACUGAAUGAAGUACAAACAUCUAUAAUUAUACUGGUUGUUUUAUUAGCACUACAUCAUAUUGUUUUUUGUUUUUGUUUUUUUUUUAAUGGGGUUACGACCUCACCUGUUCUCUUAGUAUGUGUGUCUCAUGUCACUAUUAUUACCUUUACAGUGGAACCUAAACUCCAAUUAUGCACACUUUUUUGAUUCCUUUUCGCUGCUGUACAUUGCUAAUGUUUUGUACCUUUUUUUGCUCGCUGCCUUGUGUUAUUUAUCAAACCUCCUAACUAGCCCUGUCAUAGAAAUCAACAGAAGUUGUCGAAGCUGCAUCUUGUGCACACCUUGACUUGCGUGUUCCUUUUGUCUUCAUCAUUAAGACAUUCCAUGCAGCUUUGCAAUAUAGUUGAGGUAAAAGUACGUUUAUUUACAGCUUUGUUGACUGGCAGAUACAUUAAAAAACAUCUGAUUCUAA